CAGCAUGUCUGAGUCGAAACGAGGAAGUUUGCCUAUGGUCCAAGGCACGAGUCUUUCCAAGACUCAGGGUGCUUCCACUCCGGAGGAAGUAGAACGCAUGAGAAAUGUUCCUUAUGCGUCGGCCAUUGGAUCCAUCAUGUAUGCGAUGGUAUGUACGAGACCUGAUGUCGCCUUUGCUCUGAGUGUCACGAGUAGAUACCAGUCCAACCCUGGCGAAAGCCAUUGGACGGCUCUGAAGAACAUCCUUAAAUACUUCCGAAGGACUAAGGAUGCCUUCCUGGUAUAUGGCGGAAAAGAAGAGCUCAGUAUUGUUGGAUAUACUGAUGUCAGCUUCCAAACUGAUAGAGAUGACUUCAAGUCGCGGGCAGGGAGUCAUGGAAUCUGGGCUCUCGCCCAAACCCACACUCUAGCUCCAAAGUUCUCACAGUGGAGGGGGUUGAGGCCCCCGCUCGCUCGUGCCAGGAGUCACUGACCUCCGUGCGCAGGUUUUUAACCCUCGACACCAUCAGGGUUUCAAUCUUCCUUAAUUAUUAAUAUUCUCACAAGAUUGGGUACAUAAAAGAGAAAUAAAGAUACCCUGAACAAGCCAGGCGUCCCAAUGGUGGAUCUUCCACCGCCCCCACCGUCCCACGCGUCCCAAGCAUUUUGAAGUUCACCGAAAUAUUUCCUCCAGCCUGAUAUAGAACCCUGCCUUGCUCCUUCGGCUUUCGUUCUCCAUGUUUGUGAUUGAAUCAGGUCAAUCUUUUAUUGAUCUAUAUGGAGUUGCUCUCAAAUUUAUAUGUAAUUCAGGAUUACCUUAGGCUUUUAGCCGUUA